CACACACACACACACACACACACACACACACACGUUUUCCCUCUCUUACUCAGCGUGUGAACGCACAUUUUCUUCCCGAUCGCUACAUUGGAUCACAGCGCAAUAGGCUGAACGUAUGCAGUGCGCACCAUCUGUUCCAAUUCAACACAAACCGCUGCUGGCUCAGACGCACGUGUUUGGAUCCUUCCUUCUCGGUUUUUCUAGAGUUUCGCAGGCCGUUUCGUUCAGACUGAGUGAGAGCUGUUAUUUUCGGAUCAUGGCUAGGACGCAUCCCCGCCGGAGGAGAGAUGCGCUGGUGUGGCUGCUGCCUGGGCUGCUCGGAGUCUGUAUAGCUUUUGGACACAGUAAAGCUGAGGAGGAGGAUUAUGAGGAUGUUCCUAUCAAUAAAACUUGGGUUUUAUCCCCAAAGGUUUAUGACAGCGAUGUCACACUGAUCCUGAAUAAAUUACUACAGGGCUAUGACAACAAACUUCGACCAGACAUUGGAGUAAGACCCACCAUCAUUGAGACAGCUGUGUAUGUGAACAGCAUAGGCCCAGUGGAUCCCAUCAACAUGGAGUAUACCAUAGACAUCUUCUUCGCUCAGACAUGGUAUGACAGUCGGCUCAAGUUUAACAGCAGCAUGAAGCUCCUGAUGCUAAACAGCAACAUGGUUGGAAAGAUCUGGAUCCCUGAUACGUUUUUUCGCAACUCCCGCAAAUCUGAUGCGCACUGGAUCACUACACCCAACCGGCUCCUUCGACUUUGGAGCAAUGGACGUGUAAUGUACACUCUGAGGUUGACUAUUAAUGCGGAAUGCUACCUUAAGCUGCAUAACUUUCCUAUGGAUGAACAUUCGUGUCCGCUGGAGUUUUCAAGCUACGGGUAUCCAAAACAUGAGAUCCAGUAUAGAUGGCAGCGUCGUGCUGUCGAGGUAGCUGACCAACGCUACUGGAGACUUUACCAGUUUGCCUUUGUUGGCCUGCGUAAUUCGUCUGAUGUGGCACAUACUCAGUCCGGAGAGUAUGUGAUAAUGACAAUCUUCUUUGAUCUGAGCCGAAGAAUGGGCUACUUUACUAUCCAGACCUACAUCCCGUGCAGCAUGAUCGUAGUGCUGUCCUGGGUUUCUUUCUGGAUCAACAAAGAUGCUGUGCCUGCCCGAACAUCUUUAGGUAUCACAACCGUCCUUACUAUGACAACUCUAAGCACUAUAUCCAGGAAGUCAUUGCCGAAGGUGUCUUAUGUCACAGCCAUGGAUUUGUUUGUGUCUGUUUGCUUCAUCUUCACCUUUGCUGCACUUAUGGAGUAUGGAACACUGCACUACUUCACUAGUAACCGUCAGAACAAGAAGACCAAGUCGAGCAGUGCACCGAAAUCAAGCAUGGAAAACAUCAGACCAGGGACGUCUCUACUCCAGAUGAACAACAUAGCACCCUAUCACGACGAUGAUGAUGAUUUCGCAUACGAGUGUUUGGAUGGGAAAGACUGCACAAGUUUUUUCUGCUGCUUCGAUGAUUGUCGCUCAGGGGCAUGGCGUGAAAACAGGAUGCACGUUCAUGUGUCCAAAAUUGACUCCUACUCCCGAAUAUUCUUCCCAACUGCUUUUGGCCUCUUUAACCUUGUGUACUGGAUUGGGUACCUCUAUCUCAUUUAAAGAUAUGGUAUGAGUGAGUCUGGACUCAUUUGAAAUAUAAGAAAUGUUUGGAAAUCAUUUGUAAAUUCCCCAUCAUCUUGAUACUGUAUAAGACUGUGUAAGGGUGGAAACAGAUUUUACCAGUGGUGUCUUUAUCCAGUGAUAUUUCAAAUGGUGAGAAUGCAUUUGUGAAAAAAGGAAAGAAGAGGUGCAUGUGACAUGUUAGAGGUAUUAAAGUAUUACAUUACUUUGAAUAUUACCAGCAGGAACAUUAAGAAAAAUUCUGUGCCAUAUCAAACACAUUCGUUAGAAAUAUCUGCUAUCUUUAAGGUGCAAUGAAGAAUAUAACUCAUAUAAGCUUGCUUUGUUACAGGUGUGGCACAAAACAUUUUGUGGACAAAUAAAAAUAUUUUUCUCUUUCAGCAUACCCAGUAGUUUAAAGAUAUUAACAGCGUUUAUCAGGAAUUUAACCCGUAAUAACAGGUUUAUCUAUUUACUAGUAGCUGUGUAGAUGCUAAGCUGAGUAGUUUUUAUUCUAAAAUACACAACUAUAAUAUAAUUCUAUGUAUUUAUAUACACAAAUAACCAGCUUCCUUGUGCCCUAUCAAACCAAAGCGUAGGUAGAUUAAGACUUUUGCUAAAAAUUUAUCCUUAAGCCAUUCUCUUGGAAAUAGCCAGUAAUUACAGCAUAAUCCUAUCUCUGUAAUAACCCAUGAACUCUCAUGUCACUGUACCGAAUGUGUAUGCAUUAUUAAUUUAUGUAUAUAUCUAUAUAUACACGUGUGUGUUUUACACUAAGACAUUAAGCAAAAAUUCUGUUAGUUAUGCACAAUUACAGAAUUGCUUCAUUUCACAAAUUUACACGCUCUGUAAUCUGUAGUUCCACACAUACCAAUAUUUACUGAGCAAAUGAGCAAGCUAAAGCCUCUGUUGUAGCGCACUUUGGCCAAGAUGUCCACAAAUCCUUCAGCACGUCUGUGAUUUUCCACCAAAAACUUUAUUGUUGUUUGCUCUUCGUGAAAGUCACAUUACUUUAAUCUAGUGACACAUCAGAGAUCCCAUGGAUAAAACAACCGAAUGUUCAUUUCAAGUCUCUUCAGGCUUACCCAAAUGCACACAGACAAAACUAUAAACUAAUUUACAAACUUUUCAGCUUAUGACAAAGCCAUGGAUGCCUUUUGCGUAGUUUAACACUUCGAUAACUAUUGUGGUAGACCAUUCAGAUGGUAACCAUGGUGAAAUGAGGAACAUUCUAAGCUUAAAAUGUUAUUUUGUAGCUCUAGUUCUCUCUCUCUCUCUCUCUCUCUCUCUCUCUCUCUCUCUCUCUCUCUCUCUCUCUCUCUCUCUCUCUCUCUCUCUCUCUCUCUCUCUCUCUCUCUCUCUCUCUCUCUCUCUCUCUCUCUCUGUCUGUGUGUGUGUGUGUGUGCGUCAUGGUAGUGUCAGACAUUCACCCUAUGUCCAGCUAUGCCUUCUCAUCUCUCGUUAAUCUGCAUAAUUUAUGUUUAGAAAUACUUGCCAUAUAUAUGGACAUAUGAAUGUAUGUCCCUUCAGCAAGCUGCAAUGCAGCCUUGUCCUGUUGUAACAUAUUUUCUAAAGUAGAAUCAUGUAUAGAUGUGCGCUGUGUCCAAUAAAUCUCGACAAAUCUUCCAAGUCACAAUCCAUGCUCUUUCACUAAGUCACUGGUUAGUCCACCCUAUGCAGAAUGCUAUCGCUAAUAGCAAUGAACAUUUAUAAAUUGAAAUCUAUUUAUAUUUUUGUAUAUAAAUAGAUAAACAUGGCAUUAAAAGAUGCCCAUCAUUAUUGUUUCUUGUUAUUAAUAAUAAAUCAAUGCAUUUAUCUGGUUUGUUUGACAGCAUGAGUGUGAGUGUGAGAGCUCUAUGCUGUCUCUUGGUUUUAAUAUACUCUCCUGUCGGCCUUUUUUUGGCCCUUUCUUCCUAUCGAUGUUGUUAGACUGUCCUCUCUGUUCUGCACUCUUCACCUGUUAAUAAAUUAAUGUGGUGUGUAAAAAACAAAACAAAAAAGUUCAACACUGUGAAAAAAAAAAAUUGUGCCUGAAAAAAAAUGGAAUAAAUUCUUUGCGGUUAUUGUUUGUGUUGAA